AUGGAGAGCGAAGACGAAAAAGAUGAUUUUGACGUUUUUGUCAACGAGGUCGAAACGACGCUCGAAUUAUUUGAAAAUGGGUACGAUGUGAGUUUAUUUUUCGCUGCGUUUGAAGCAAAUUCUCGAAAUUCGACAAACUCCUCAAAAUGUUGUUAUGGUGAACAAGUUUUAAAAAAAAACGUGGACGGAAUUAAAGGAAUCUGAUUCAUUUUCUAGAUUUCCCGUCUUGUCGAGAACAUCGAAAAGCAGGCGUCUCUAAUCGGGGACCAACUUUUGCCGUCCACAAGUUUCAACCCAAAACUUAUUGCCGACGCCAUGAAGGUUUUUUUUUAAAACCAGUCCUCAAUUUUUAGCUCCUAGCUUAUGCCGCGAAAUUUUAUGAAAGUUAUUGUUCAUCCUGAAUUGAUCAACUAUUACCCUAAGUUCGACUUUUCACACAAAAACUGUACAAAACAAGCUGAGGCAUAGAUUAAUUAACUACUAACUCUUCUCAACUUAGAAAACUUCAUAACAUAGCUCCAAAAAGAGUUUUUCAUGCGAGUGUCUUUUCUUAUUGAGACAUUGAUACAUUGGUAAUAAGCCAAAAAACACCUUUCCUUUUAUAUGAAAAUAAAAAUGAAUCUUAGGAACUCCUCACCGAGAAAGAACGGCCGGUCAGCAGUUUCGAGCCGCUUUGCACGUCGACGCCGCAUCAGAAUCUCCGACGUCGAUCCCAGAAGAUUGUCCUCAACGAGGAUGACGUCACCAGCGAACAUCAUGACGUCAUGCGACGUCUUCAGGGUCUCCAAAAUCCGACGGUCGUCGUCGUGCCUUCAAGCUCUGCAGUUGGUCGAACGGAAUUCAUUUACUUGUCCAUUUUUGUUCUAACCGUCGGUCUCCUCUUAUUCUAUCUUUAUUAUGACGUCAUCCGCGAGCCAAAAUGCUUGCCUGUUUAUUGA